CCCCGCGCGCAACGCAAACUGCAACAGCACCCUGGGCUCGAGCUACACCCCAACAACCAACAGCCCAACGCUCUAAACAGCAUCAUCACCAUAUUAUCAUCAUCAGCAGCAGCAGCAACAGCAGCAGCAGCAGUAGUAACUCCAGCCGUUGUCGUUCCAUCGCGCGCACUCCUGGAUCCAUCAUGUCCAGGUCCUUCUACGUGGACUCCCUCAUCAUCAAGGACCCCGCAAGGCCCUCGGCCCUGAGCGAGCGCGCCGCGCACGACUUCCUGCUCCCUAUCGGUGUGCACGCACCGGGCGCAGUCAGCGUGGGCGCGCCCGCAUGCCCGUCACGGAAGACCGGCGCGCUGUGCGUGUGCCCGCUCUGCGUCGCCGCGCACGUCCACGCGCCCCGCUCCGGAGGCGGCGCCCUCGCGCUUCUCAAGGCUCCACCGGGCUUCGUGAGCGCCGACGCGCCGCCCUGCUGCCCCAGGCUCGCGCACCACCAUCAGCAUCAGGGGCCUGCGGUCGCGCACGCCGCCCACGGACACGCGCCUGUGUGCGCGCCCACAGCCUACGGCGUCACGGACCCGCGGAGGUACCACUGCGUAAGCCUCGGCGCAUCGGACGGCGGCCCCGUGCAGGGCGGUAAGCGCAUGCGCACGGCCUUCACGAGCACUCAACUGCUGGAGCUGGAGCGCGAGUUCUCCUCCAACAUGUACCUGUCGCGCCUGCGCCGCAUCGAGAUCGCCACGUACCUGAACCUGAGCGAGAAGCAGGUGAAGAUCUGGUUCCAGAACCGCCGCGUCAAGCACAAGAAGGAGGGCAAAGGGGCGCAGCGGGGCGCGCACGGAGCCUGCAAGUGCUCGGGGGGCGGCGGCGGCGGCGCGCACGGCCACGUGCACGGGCACGCGCACUACCCGCGCUCGGAGGACGAGGAGUCGAUGUCGCCCGCGUCCGCCACGGAAGAAAAAGAGGCGUCGCCCGUUUAACGGGAAUGGACAGAAUGGACUGUGGUCAUGCCGAGCAGCACUUAGUCUGUCAGAGGACCCUUAACGUGUCCAAACCCGGUAGAUUCAGGACAAAAAAGUACAAACUACAGAAGGUUGUGAUCUGGACUGGUUUUACUGCAGCAGGUUCAGUCUGUGUGUUUUCUUCAUGCAUCUUUUUCGACCUGGUCCUGUUGAUCCAUGUUUGACACAUUUGCGCUCAGAUCUGUUGCGCCUUGUAAAUAUGCCCACGUGUGGGUUUGCGUUGCAUAACUAAGAAACUGUGAUUUUUGUCUU